UAGUCCCCUUUGAUUCCUUAUAGCAUGGAAUUUGAGCAACGCAUUCAUCCUGAAAGGCCAAUCAGCCAGCAGGAAACCACAACAUUAGUGCUCCCACCUUUUAUACCAAAUCUCCCACCCUGAAUAUUUUACACUUUUCCGCAUUCUAGUAUUAGAUAUAAUCACAAUGGUAAAUGAAACCACAUCAGAAAUAAUAUGGUUGUCUCUUCUAUGUGAUAUUCUAGACUACCACUUUUUUACUGCAUUGAUUGACAGCACCAAUUCUCCUACUCUGUAAGGGAAAAUGUUAUAGAGUAGACCCUUGGAUAUAAAAUAAAUGCAAGCAAAUCUUUUGACUAUAACAAUCACUUGACCUAUUGCUGCUCCUAGUUAAGAAUCUUGUUUAGUGGAGAUAGGAGUAGCCGAUAUUCAGGUCAGGUUUUUUUCCAGCAUCUCACAUGGCGGUGAUUUUUCAACUAUCCUGGUGUCAAAGUUAUAUUCGUCCUUCAAGAACAAUUCAAAGCAUGCAAAGCAUCUGGUUACAGGACAUAUUACUCUUAAGUAAUGAAUCAGGCGGGAGAAAGGUUCUGGAAUUUCAAGUUUCACAGGCAGCCUGUUUAAUCAGUUAGGAAAUCUAGUGCAAAAGUAAUAUAUUCUUAGGCAGAAAACAACUGACAGGAAUAUCUGACGAGAUUUGAAGAGGAUAUGUAAGCAUGGAUGGCGUUUGCACUAUCAUCACGCACUAUAAUUCCACCACCCCAGCUCUCUCUUCCUUUAUUGGCCGUUACAAAAAGCCACCACGCUUGCACCUUCAGAAACUAAUUACCCUCACGAAACUCAUGCAUUCGCAAUAAGCCAUCAAUCUUAUCUAAAGAAACCCUGAUUGCCCAUCUUUCUCCUAAGCAAAAUAUAUAUUUGGAUUUUUGGAAAAACCCCACCAAUCUUUGUUCAAGAAAUGAUGUCUACAACAUCAAGAUUGGAAGAGAACCCUACUGAAAAAACAUCUCAGUCACCUUCAGUUUCAAAUCCCACCCAGAGAUGGCCAGCGAACCUCAUGCAGAUAAUGCUUUCAGAGCUGAAAACACAGAGAAGAAUAGCAGUUCCUUUGGUGGCGAUGAACUUAACAUGGUUUUCAAAGAUAGCGGUAACCACAGCAUUUUUAGGUCGGCUAGGAGAGCUCCAGUUAGCCGGUGGCACACUCGGGUUCACCUUUGCUAAUGUCACUGGUUUCUCUGUCCUUAACGGACUUUGUGGUGCCAUGGAACCUGUUUGUGGUCAAGCCUUUGGAGCUAAAAACUUUAGGCUACUUCACAGGACACUUCUCAUGGCCAUUGCUUUAUUAGUGUUUGCUACACUGCCUAUUUCUUUCCUGUGGCUUAAUGUUGACAAAAUUUUAGUCCAUUUUGGCCAAAAAGAAGACAUUUCUGCUGUUGCAAAGACAUAUCUUUUCUAUCUUCUCCCUGAUUUGGUUGUCACUUCGUUGCUAUGUCCUCUCAAAGCCUAUUUGAGCUCACAAAGCAUAACUAUUCCCAUAAUGUUUAGUUCAGCUUUAGCGCUUGCUUUUCACAUCCCUAUCAACAUCUUUCUUGCAAAAGCUAAGGGUCUCGAGGGAGUUUCAAUGGCUAUCUGGAUAAGUGAUCUCAUAGCUGCAAUCCUUUUAGUCUUGUAUGUACUGGUAGCGGAAAAUAGAAAGGGAGGAAAGUGGAAGGAAGGAGGAUGGUGGGAUCAAGGUGUUCAGGACUGGCUUAGGCUGCUCAAGCUCAGCGGGCCAUGCUGUCUCACAACCUGCCUUGAAUGGUGGUGCUAUGAGAUUUUGGUCUUGCUUACGGGGAGGUUACCAAAUGCCAAGCAGGCAGUAGGAGUGAUGGCUAUCGUCCUGAACUUUGACUACUUGCUCUACUCUGUAAUGCUGUCGCUGGCCACAUGUGCAUCCACUCGCGUCUCCAAUGAGCUUGGAGCAAACCAGCCUGUCUCCGCAUGCCAGUCAGCAUAUGUAUCAUUGGCAGUGAGCACACUUUCAGGUUGCAUUGGUGCCAUGGUGAUGGUAGGAGCGAGAGGUGUUUGGGGCUCACUCUUUAGCCAUGAUAAGGGAAUCUUAAGAGGUGUAAAAAAUAUGAUGUUGCUAAUGGCACUGGUUGAAGUAGUGAAUUUCCCGUUAGCUGUUUGUGGAGGAAUCGUCCGUGGAACAGCUAGGCCAUGGUUGGCAAUGUAUGCUAAUCUUGGUGGGUUUUACCUCUUAGCUUUACCGAUGGCUGUCGUUUUAGCCUUCAAGACUGCACUUGGACUAAAUGGAUUGUUGCUAGGAUUUUUAGUUGGGAUGGUAACAUGUUUGGCGUUGUUGUUGGUGAUGGUUGUGAGAAUAAAGUGGCAUGAAGAAGCUGGUAAGGCACAAAUACUUGCCUCUAAUGUGGCAGUUGUUGAAGAUGGAAAUCUCAAAACUGUUGACACAGUAAACCCUACUGAAGUAUGAAAAAAACAGAAAACCCAACAAGCUUGUUAGUGCUUCAAAGCCAUGCUCCAUAUACAUAAACUGAUAAAAACACUGACCUCUUUAUCUCUUAUCUGUUUUCGUCCUUUAAGUGUAAUAUAGAGGAAUCUUUUAAUCCUCAUGAAUCAUCAGUUCACAGCCUCUUGAUUCAAUUGAGAAAGCCUAUUUAUGAUGA